AUGAUUAAUCGGCAGAAUUCCAAGUAAACCUAAUCAGUUAUUUCGAACACUCUCUCUAAAGGCGCAAGUCUUAGACCUGGAGGCAAACCCUCAGAUGAACCUAAAAUUAUCAUAAAGACAGAUAGAGAAGAGUACUACCAGGAUGAAGUAGUGCAAGGAUCAGUUCGUAUGAAAUUCGAUCGAAACUACAAGGAUUUCAUCACUAAACUGGCUUUUAUUUAUGAGGAAAACUAUGUGCUUUUCGAUGAAAAAACUGAGCAGGCGCUUGUCACCAAAGACCACAAGAUUAUACUGGAUGUUCAAGAGUUACACUAGAAAGAGAUUUAUGAGCCAGGCGAACAUUUCUUUUAAUUUGGAAUAUAACUUCCUGAUAGCAUUAGAGCAGGCACAUUUUAUCACUCAGGCAAAUAACUGAGUGCAAAAAUUACUUAUAAGAUUCAGAUCAAGAUUAUUGAGAAAUACGUGAACGAAAAUAUGCAGGAAAAGUUUAGAGUAUUUAAAGAAAAUUUAAGCGUUAAGAUCAAUGUCCAUCAGCGAUACGUCACCAUUAAGAAGCUUGUUCAUAAUGAGUCAACUAUUAACAAAUUUUUAUGUUUCGGAGGAGGUCGUACUUCUCUAUAAUGCGAAUACUCAAGAGACACAUAUUGUAUCGAUAUAGAUAGAAUGCAGAGUGCAUUAAGUUAAAGUUAGUAUGUCAACACUAGCGUGGCCUCUUAUCAUUCGGUAGGCAAGGAUGAUGCUUCUGUAGAAGUUAACCAAUAAAAUGCAAUUGAGGUCAGACUUACAGUCAAUAACAACCAUAACACUUUCAAGGUGGAUGAAGUUGUUGUUCAACUUAUUCAGGUUAUUGCAGUAAAGGAAGAUGACAUUGGCAGGCGCAAGGAUGUCAAGAAGGUGUUAAAGCAUGUGUAGGAAAACCUGUUUAUUUAGCAUUAGCCUGGAGUGCUAGCUAAGGAUCACACAGAUCACCCAAGAGUUGUCAGAAUCAAUUUAUCUAAAGUAUUCAAGUUAGUCAUGAAAAGGCAGCAGGAGGAGGGUAUUUAUGGCAAACUGUCAAAGACUGAAAUGCUUCAUAGCAAAGGCAUUCAGUAGACAAGCGAAGGAGAAUACAUUGACAACUUCUACAUAUUGAGAGUAAAGGCAUUAGUCAAUAAUGACACUCUAAAUAGUCCGUAUGUAGAUCAAUAAUUGUUCUUUUGUAAUCAUGAAGUCCCAGAUAUCGAUAUGAAUGAAAGCUAGAUGAAAAACAUUGGUGAAAUGCAUAGGAAUUAUGUUCAUGAGCAAUUUGAAAAGGGAGAAAUAGGUUCAGUAGUUACCAGAACUCAUUCAGUUGCAUUCUAAGGCUCAAUUCAAAAUGAAGACUAAGUCUGA